AUGUUUGAGGAGCAGGUGACAAAGGUCAAGAUCACAUCUGUGGUGAUCGUCGUCGGCAUGUCUGCGAUGCUGGCGGCAGUGGUGACAGAUCACUGGGCCGUCCUGAGUCCCAGGGUGGAGAAGCUCAAUGCCACAUGUGAGGCGGCCCACUUUGGCCUCUGGAGGCUUUGCAAGAAGACCAUCUUCAUGAUGAAGGAAGACCCUCAGGGCAAAGGAUGUGGCCCCAUCAGCUUACCUGGAGCAAAAAACUGCUCCUACUUCAAACACUUCACAUCGGGAGAAGAAGCUGAGGUUUUUGAAGUGAAGACCCAAAAAGAGUACAAUAUCUCCGCUGCAGCCAUUGCUAUCUUCAGUCUGUUCUUCAUGAUUCUGGGCACUCUGUGUGUGAUCUUUUCUUUUGGAAAAGGACGAGACUACUUGCUCCGACCUGCCGGGAUGUUCUUUGCCUUUGCAGGCCUUUGUAUUAUCAUUUCCGUUGAAGUGAUGCGCCAGUCUGUCAAGCGAAUGAUCGAUAGCGAUGAGACCAUCUGGAUUGAAUACUAUUACUCCUGGUCCUUUACCUGUGCCUGCGCCUCCUUCACCCUCCUCAUCCUCAGUGGAGCUGCCCUUCUUCUUAUCUCAAUGCCCCACAUGCCUCGUAACCCCUGGGAAACCUGCAUGGACGCUGAGCCAGACACCUUGGAUUAGCCAUGGAUGAUUUUGCUGGAAUCAAUUGUAAACAGAGAUUAAAAAAUGAUGGUAGUGUAUCGUUUAACCCUUUAAUUAUGUAUAGCUCAAGUAAAAGACAUUAAGUUUGCUUAAAAUGAGAAUUAACUUUUUUAUCUCUUCUUUGUUUUCUCUUUUUCAAAUAUUCCAAAAUUUAAUCUCCACGGGUUUUGAAUUUAAAUUCAGAGUUUUGCAUCAUCAAUAUUUAUAGACUUCCAUUUUGACAGUGCUUUGCAAAAGUCUUCUUACUCAUUGAUUUGUCUGAUAUCUUGUUGUUUAAAAUUCAUAAAUUUAGUGUAUUUUGGGGGGAUUCCAUGCUAUAACACCAACACAAUGUAACCGUUCUUUGAACUGUUAAAUUUUGGCUACCAUUUAAAAUAUACUGCAAAUCACCCUGAACUCACCAUGUCCAGCAUGAAACAUGGUGGUGCCAGCAUCAUGCUGUGGGGACGCUUUUCUUCUGCAAGAACAAACAGCUCCUCAUCCUGAAAGAUGAAUGGAGUUAAAUUCAGAACCAUUCUGGAAGAAAACCUGUUAGGAGCUGCAAAACGUUGAAAUAGGUUGACAGUCCAGUUCUUCCAGUAGAACAAAUAACCCUUAAUAAUAUAACAUAUUUAUAUGUGUGAAUGCCUGUGACCUAAAUUUAGUUGUGUCAUUGGAAAAGCCUCCUAUUUUGGCUUUCUAUACCAGUUUGACUGUGGUUGAAAUUACUGAAGUUAUUUUGUGUCAGUCAUUUUCAUAAAAUCCCCCCAGAACACUUAAAGUGUGUGGAUGUAAUGUGAGUUAAUGCAGAAACGAUCACAGAGUGUGAGUACUUUUGUAAGGCACUGUAUUUUCAACAUAGGCAUUUUUACCAAACUGUUCUAAAAUUAUACCUCUAAGUUUCAGUUAAGGCUGUAAAAUGCUAUCGCUAUGAUAUGUAGUAUAGGAAAAUUAAACUGUUUUGUUUGUCCUUCAACUGCAAAUGACGCUUCAGUUCACCUGCAAAUAAUACUGUCACCAUUAGUUAAAGACCUCAUUUAGACAAACUCCUUUUAUCCAGUUGUUUCACGUGUUGUUAGUCACCUGUGCCUAAUGUGUUUCCAUGAGUCGGUGUGGCCCUGCAGACAUUCAGCUAAUGCAGGUGCAAUGAAAUUAAAGACCCCUAAAGGAUGCCAUUUCACAGGGAAAAAAAAAAUCCAUUUUACCGCUGUAAUCAGAACAAACCUGUUAUCAUAGUUAACACAGUGGGACAUCAUUACAUGGACUAUGAAAAACAAAACAAUUAAAGCACACUGUGCAUGUCUCUUCUCCGCAUAGCAGAUCUAAUAAAUCUAUUUCAGUAAAUAGAUUUAUUAGAGUUAAAGUAGAUCUCUAUGUGUUAAUGUCAUCUAGUAAGAAUAUGAGUGGCUACAACUGAGUGGUGAUGUAAAACAAAAACAUGUUUUUUAUCUGACGUUUCAUGACAGCAGGUCUAAUGUAAUGUUAUUCAUGUAUAAUUUGUAUUAUCAUUUUUACACAAUAUUAAUAUUUGUCUUUUUCACAAGAAUAAAUUAAAAAUAUUUAAAUCCCCCAAAUGUUUGCAUUUUCACUUGAGGUUUUGUCUCUUCUGUCACUUUAACUUCUGAGUUCAAUCAGAAAAUUAUGUAAUAGGUAGGAUUAUGAGAGCAUAAAUAAUUAUGGAGUGAUAACAAACCCAAAAACCAGCACAGAAUUUAUUUUUUAUUUUAUUUAAAUUUCUUCUUGGCAUUUCAGGUAAACCAAAUAGAGAAGCAUCAAGUGAAAUUUCUAUAUGUAACUCUUCCCGCAGAAAGGACUCACAAGUUAAAAUACAUGCAUAUAAUAAUAACCUACCUAUUACUACAAAACAUAUCCAGUAAUAAGAAAAAAAGCUUAUGCUUCCUAUGGUACACUUUUAAAUCCUGGAACUUUGUCAGUAUUUUGUUUUAUGACUUUUGCUGAAAUAUUACACCUGCUUUCAUAGCAUCCAGAAAAUCAGGUUUGUACAUUUUUAAAGCUCAGUUUUUUUGCUUUGGCAGUAUCAAGCUAACACCUGGAACGUGUCAGAACUGUGAUUUCUGCACCUGGCUUCACUGCAUAUAUUUUACAGGGGUUUUUUUGUUGUUUUUUUUCCACAGUGAAAAAAGUUGGAUUGGGCAUUAUUUCACUGAGUUUGUUUUAGUGAGGUUUUAGGGAACCAACGGUGCAACACUAACAUAGAAAAGCAUAUUUGAAGGUUUGCACUUGUCAUGGCUUUGAUAGUGGAGGAUUUACAGGUGUUGUACAACAGCAGAGGAGAGUGUGUGAAAGAAAACUUUCCACUUUGGCACAAAUAUAAUUUUGCAUACCAAAGGAAAAUAUGAAUCACAACUUAAUGACCUUUUCUUAGAAAAGGUAUCAACUUCCCAGCAGGUAUCUCCAGUCUUUGUAUACCAGUUUAUGUGUUAUAUUUUCAUUUGAUUUAUCGUCUUACUUAACUUUAUUUUAAUUAAAACAUAAGAAUCUCUUUAGCUGAAAUCUCAUGACCCAUGAUGCUACAUUCUAUUUUUGUCCCAGAGUACAGAAGAACAUUGACGUAUGAUUUCCCAUAAGCCAGAGCUGAAACUGGUAGCAAAGUACACCAAUAUUGGAAGGUUAUGAUUUCUGAACAGCUAAAUAUUUUCAUCCUGUUUCAGCUGGGUUUAGGACAGAGUAAUGCAGUCCUCCACCUUCCCCACCUAUUGCUGCAGCUUCUAGCCAGCUUGCUGAAAGAAGACUACUAUAAAUCGCAUUUACUUAGACUAAAAGUAACACCAAUGCGCUGUGCCAGUUGUGUAUAGGUUGUUUUUUAAAGUAAAUCCAGUACAUUUUUUUUGUGUUUGGGUGCAUGUUAAACAAUACCACUGACCCUCAUCUAUGUGGUUGGUUUUAUUCUGAACCAAGAAAACAUCAUCUUUAUUUGAACUAAAAACAAUUCAAAAUUAUUGUUUUUGUUUUGUUUUGUUUGUUUGUUUUCUAAUGACAGAUGUUUUAAAAAGCUAAACAGCCAAACAACAAUUGAUAAAUGAAAAUGGAAAAUAUGUGCAUGCAUUUUUGUGUGUAUUUUGAAUUUUUUUUUCUUUUUUUGUUCCCACUUUUAUCAUCAUCAUCUUACUUGCUUUGAUGGAUAAACAUUAUUAUUGACUCACAGACGUAUGUAUAGGUAAACUUAGUAAGAACCUGGCUGGAACGGCUUUUCCUUUCAGAACUGCCUCAAUUAUUUGUGGCAUUUAUUCAACAAGGGGUUAGAAACCGUCCUCAGAUAUUUUUGUCUGUUAUUGACGCAAUAGCAUCAAAGAGUAGCUGGAGAUCAGUUGGCUGGAAUCCCAAACUUAUAUUAUUGGACUGAAACCUGGUUCACCAUGGAGGCCAUGGGAUUACAGUAAAUUCAUCGUCAUGUUCAAGAAACCAAUUUGAGAUGAUUUGAGCUUUGUUACAUGCUGUAUUAUCAUUCUUAAAGUAGCCAUCUGAAGAUAGGAGCGCUGUAAUCAUAAAUGGAUUGACACAGAAACAAUGUAAAGUUACACUGCGGUAUUUACAUGAUCAAACUAUUACAGUCCUUCCACCAGCCUGAACCACUGAUAUAAGGCAGGAUGGUUGCAUGUUUUCAUGUCUCUCAUUGUCCAAAUUUAGUGAGCCUGUGUUCAUUUUAGCCUCAGUUAUCUUUUCCUAGCUGCUAGCUGCACUGAGACAGGUCUUCUGCUGCUACAGUCCACCUGCUUCAAGAAUUGAAAUGUUUGAACUUUAACAAGAUAUCUUCACCAUGUCUACAUGCCAAAAUGUACUGAAAUUGUUCCAAUGCAUGUGACUGAUUAGUGCAAACAGGCAGAUGAACAAAUGCCCAGUAAAUAUGUUUCUACAUGUGAAAGUUUUGUAAAUUAAUAAAAACAAGAUGGUCAGUUUUAUCC